GCCCGAACCCCAAAACAGCCGUGCCGAGGAGCUCCCCAUGGCUUGCCGGAGCUGGCUUGCCGCUGCCUCCAGCGGAGGCACCAGCAAAACCCUCGCCGCCGCCGCCGCCGCCGUCGCUGAAGGUGCGCUCACCGCUUCGCCGCCACUCGCCGCUAGCCCGACCAAAGCCCUCUUCCUCCCAACGCGGCGCCACAGCACCACCGCAGACGCCGCCGCCGGCACCACCCCGCCGCCGACGUCGCCGUGGGUCAUCCUCGGCAGCAUCCCGCGCGUCGCGCAGGGCGGCGGCGAGGCCGACGUGUCCCUGGCGCUCGCCGCGCCCCCGCGCGCCUCGCGCCUGGCCGUCUCCGCGCGGGUGUUCCCGCACCGCCCCACGCCGCAGAACUUCCCCUUCGUGCUCGCCGCGGACGCCUCGGGGCUGCUCCUCCUCUCCGCCAUCCUCGACGCCCCGCUCACCCGCGUCGAGAGCCCCGACCGCCGGUCGCUCCGCUGGGUGGAAUCGGACCCGCGCUACUUCGUCCUGGACGCCGCCACGGGCUCCGCGCUCCGCCUCCCGGACCUGGGCCCCGGGGAGCCGGUCGAGCACCAGGCGCUCCUAGGCCUCCUCCUCUGCCCCGGCGGCGGCCGCCGCUACGUCGUCUCCGAGCUCCUGCCCCUCAUCGGCACCGACCGCGCCGACCUCCGCUGCUACUACUCCGACGCCGGCGCCUGGGUCAACAAGCGCGUGCGCUACCCGCUCCCGCCGCGCCCGCUGCCGCCGCUCCGCACGCUCGCACACCUCGGCAGGCUCUGGUGGGCCGACUACUCGUGGGGCAUCAUCACCGCUAACCCCUUCGCCGACCACCCCGUGCUCGGCUUCGUCCCGUUCCCCUGGGGCUGCGUGCUCCAGAGCAGGGAGGCCUGGGGCCUGCUCGACCAGUUCCGCUAUGUCGGGGUCAGCGCCGGCAACCUGUGCUUCGUCGACACCUACCCCUGCGGCGGCGACGGCGACCCCACCAAGGUCACCGUCUGGACCUUGCCCCACCCGUACGCCACCGAGUGGACACUGGAGCACGAGGCCACCUUCGCCGACAUCUGGGCCGACGACUCCUACAAGGCCACCAGCCUCCCCAAGAAGGCCCCCGUGCUCGCGCUCAUCCACCCCCACAACCCCGCCGUCGUCUACUUCUUCCUCGAGGGCCACCUCUUCGCCGUCGACGUGCCCGCCCGCAAGGUUGUCGAGUGCGACCGCUACCACCUGGUGGCGCCUCCUUGCAGCUACCCCAUCGCCAAUCGUUUCAUCCUCGCUUGGGAGCUGCCGCCAUCGGUCUCCUCUGAUCCGGGGAAUUGGUCGACUGACAUCAGCUUGUCUGAACCAACUGAAGCACCACCAUCCCGGCCAAUGCCCGGGGACUACCACUUGGUUGGUAACACCAGACAGACAUUCAUAGGAUGAGAGCUGAGGGGCAAAGGAUUGCCCUUUGCAGCUGUUCAAUCUCCUAAGGUUUAGGUAGCAAUGCUGGACUCGAGUUAUGCACAAUAUGAUGGCAUGUUUUGGCUGGGAUGUGGCAUGCUCUGUGUUGGUGACAUGUGUUUGGGUGCCUUGUUGCAGAUUAACUUAGCAUCCUCGUUUCUGUUCAUCGCAUGGCGUGCUGUUGCAACCCUAAAUUAUGUUUACUAGCUCCAUGGUACCAUCGGUCCGUUCUUUGGUGGAGCACUGGACUCGAUCACCAGGGCGUGACUUUGAUUAUGCUUAAUUUCAGUGACUUAAACCGCAAUGCUAUGCUAUGACUAUGCUUU